AUGAAAAAUACCAAUAUUGACAAUAUCACUAAUAACAAUCAUAGGCAACAACAACAACAUACUUUUCGGAAUCCGUGGGAUUAUUCCAAUAAUUCAUCAAACGUAUUCACAAACAACAUAAAUAAUACGACUACUACAAUCAAUGAAGAAGAAGAAGAAGGGGAAGAGGAGGAAAAGGAGAAGGAACAAGAAAAUCAAGACUUGCAAUUGCAGCAAAUGCAAGCAACAGAUAUCGAUACAGAUGAUGAUACAAAAUAUGGCCAUAGAAGAAAAUCCAGUUUAAUUGUGCCACCUACUAGAGCAGCAGGUCCAGAUCCAUAUUUGUAUCAGAAUAAUUAUCUAGGAAACGGAAGCAAUAUACAAUUUGUAUCUUCAGGUCCUUAUUCUGUAGCUGGUGCCACAUCUGUUGCAGGUUUUGCAUCAGGUAAUAAUCUUAACAACACUAAUGUCAAUAUUGAUUCUUACAACACCUCGCAAAAUCCGUUUAAUAAUUUUAAUUUUCAAAGUUCAGAUAUAAACAAUGUAAAUAACAACGGCCUGAAUUUUCAUUUCAAUUUUACUACUAAUCCUGUACAAAAUUUUAGGAGACAAUCUGUUGCAGGUACUUAUCUACCACCACAGCAACAUCCUUCCCAAUCUGGAGUUGCUGCAGAUGCUACUAAUGCUUCUUUAAACAUCAACAACAACAACAACAAUAAUAAUAAUAAUAAUAGAAACUAUCAAUCUUUAAGAAGAUUCUCUAUUCAGCAGCAGCAGCAGCAAGGGUUUUUAGUACCACCACCUUCAACUGCACCAACUAAUUUGCUAGCCCCACCAUAUAAGCAACUUCUGAAAGAUUCUACAAAUACAGUACUGCCAACUUCAUCCUCCUCUAUUUCUCCAACUUUAGCAACGCCGGCAACAUUAAUUAUCCCCACACUAAAGCCGGUAAGCGAUCUCUGUCCACACAUCAACACGACUCCAUUGUACAGGCGUGCUUCUUUACAUUCGAAGACAGUGUCUCCCUUAAACGCACUAACAACAUCGUUAACUACAACGUAUUCAUUAUGCUCAUCCGAUUUUAGGUAUCAAACGUCAAAGAACCCAAGGAGAGUACUAACUAAACCCAGUGAUCCGAUUAAUGCGCAAACACCAUGGGAUAAUUGCAAUAGUGAUUAUAUAUUGUACGUUAAUGAUUUAUUGGGUGAUGGGUCAACCAAUGUACCCACCUCUUCAAUUGAUCAAAACAUAUAUAACACUUCUAGGUCCAUGAGUGGUAAGAAGUUAGCUUCCAGAAAAUAUUUGGUUUUGGACAUUUUAGGACAGGGGACAUUCGGGCAAGUUGUGAAGUGUCAAAAUUUAUUAACCAAGGAGAUAGUUGCAAUUAAAAUCAUCAGAUCAAGGCCAGAAUAUUUGAACCCAAGUUUCAUGGAGUGUAAGAUUUUGGAAAUCUUACAUAACAAAUGUAGUGGUAGCACCAACAAUUUUUUACAAAUGAAAGAUUCAUUUAUGGACAAGGGCCAUUUAUGUCUAGUGUUUGAAUUAUUAGGUAAUAAUUUAUAUGAAUUAUUAAAACAGAAUAAGUAUCAUGGAUUAUCCUUGCAAUUGAUUACCAUUUUCACAAAACAAAUUUUGGAAUCUUUAGUUAUUUUAAAAGAUAAUAAAAUCAUACACUGUGAUUUAAAACCAGAGAAUAUAUUGCUAAUAUCUAGUGACAAACCAGAUUUAAAAAUUAUUGAUUUUGGGAGUGCGUGUGAAGAAACACAAACAGUGUAUACGUAUAUCCAAAGUAGAUUUUAUAGAGCACCAGAAGUUUUAUUGGGAUUACCUUAUAGUACAGGAAUUGACAUGUGGAGCGUUGGAUGUAUAGUAGCCGAAUUGUACUUGGGGAUUCCGAUCUUCCCUGGAUGCAGCGAAUUGAACCAAAUCACCAGGAUAGUAGAAGCUCGUGGAUAUCCCCCUAAGUGGAUGUUGGAUAGAGGUAAAAAUACAUUAAAGUUUUUCAAAAUUAAUCCAAAUUAUGUACCAAAUGCAUUGAAUAGUAAUAAUAAUACCACUACUACUACUACUACUACUACUACUAAUAAUAAUAAUAAUAAUACUAAUAAUAAUAAUAAUAAUAAUAAUAAUAAUAAUAAUAAUAAUAAUAAUAAUAAUAAUAAUACUAAUACUAAUAAUAAUAAUAAUAAUAAUAAUAAUAAUAAUAAUAAUAAUAAAAGCAACAUUAAUAAUAGCGGCAUGAACAAAUACAUAUUAAAGACUGUUGAAGAGUUUAAUCUUGAAUAUUAUUCGCCGGAUAAUCCAAAGGAAAAACAGGGGAAAAAAUAUUUCAAAAGCACCAUAUUGUCCGAUAUUAUAAGAUUACAUAGAAUAGACAAAAUUCCACCAAAUUUGAUGCCUGAAGCCAUGGUUGAAAGGGAAUGUUUAUUACAUUUCUUGCAAGGAUGUUUGAAUUUAAAUCCUUUUGAACGAUAUACUCCACAACAAGCUUUAAAGCAUCCUUUUAUAACCAAACAACCUUUCCGUGGUAAAUGGUUUCCUCCAGGUGUAGGUGAUUUUGAAAUUAAGACUAUUGGCAAUGAUCAUAUGGAUUAUACUAGGUAUGAUAGCACCUCAACGAAAUUUAAUAACUUGAAUCUAGGAAGAUAG